GUUACAUCAUAGACCAUAGUGUUGUUGCAUGCUGAUCUCUUGUACACGGGUGCUGAUGGUCUCUCCCAUGGCUACUUGCAAAGUAUCAUGGUUUGUCCGCUUGGAGCUUCGAUCCUGCUUGGCGGAAGUCUUUUUGCUGUACAAAUCCUGUUUUCACAUAGAAAUCCUAGACAUCGACAGAACGGCAGGAAGCUCAACUGAUAUGCUGCUUUGUAAUUUGUCUUCUGAUUCUAGCCUCUUACAUCCUCUCGCCAUGUUGGCGUCCGUUGGCAUAACGAAGAUGCCAUUGAUGAGGUGUGCGUGAUAUGUGUGACUUGGCUUUGCCAUGACCGACUUGCUGACUGAGCUGAAGCUGAAACGCCCACGCACAUGGAUGAUGAUUACGAAUGGCCAGGGCGCACUGGUUCAUAGGUCAUUGCUGAAGGUCUGUGAGAAAGAAGGCCUGCAAGCAGGUCCUGAAAACGAGUUGUUGCAGGCUCUAUUGGAUUUGCCGAGUUUGGAUGGGAAGGGGGGCUACACUGGGACAAAAGCACGUGGCAUUCAGCCGGCAGUCUUGGAUGAUAAGUUCAUCCAUGAUGAAUUUCAAAGACUUUGCAGUUUCCACGGAGUUGUGCGGUUGUCGUACGAACAGUGCUUGUCCUGGGACUGGGUUGCAAGUCAAGUUGGAGUAUCUAUCACAGAUGACGCUGUGAGGGAGCUUUGGGGUCUCCGAGUAGCAUCAUCUGACGUGAGCGAAAUAGAGUUUGGAGCCUUCGCUCGAGCUUUGCGAGAGGAGUCAGGAUUUGCUACAACGAUUCAAUCCUUCUUACGAGGACGUGCCGGUCGCCAGAAGGCUCAUUCACAAGCUAUGGAAGAAAACCGGACUGCGCAAGAGAGCCGCUGUGCAGCGGCCAUGAAACUUGCACCGUACAAUCCAACUCCUUCCUGUGCCAUUCAUCAAGCGCUUGAGGCACUUGGAGUUGGAUCCGGCGAUCUCCUCUACGAUUUGGGCUGUGGUGAUGGCAGGCUCCUGAUUGCCGCAGCCCAGCGAGGUGCUCGAGCAGUAGGAGUUGAGUAUGACGCAAGAUUUGUCGAAAAGGCUUUGAGUGCGAUAAAAGAAUCUGGACUCUCAGACUUGGCUUACGUCACUUGCGGUGAUGCAUUCUUGACUGAUUUGACGCCAGCGUCCAAGAUCUUUCUGUACUUGGUACCCGAUGGAUUGCGCAAGCUUGAGCCAUCAUUGUGUGCAGCAAUCAAGCGCGGGACGCCAAUUGCAAGUUACAUGUUCUCCAUACCUGGCUGGUCUUUUGAUGAUGUGCUAACAGCAGAGUCCCGUUCUCCUGAAUGCAAAGUUUGGAUAUACAAACAUCCCAGCUGUUUGCCUGCCUUACCUGCUGGUCAAGCUUGUUCGUGAUCCAAA